GCGCCGGAAGUGUUAUGUGAUUGGUCCAACCCCCCAAACGCCCUCUGUACUGCAUGAUCUUCGUGCUGAUCUAAGUUCAAUCAUCAGAAAACGAUAACAAAAAUCCCCUACGCUUUUAGUCAUCAGCAGAGUUUUUACACGAUUAUCGGUGAGUCAUGUACGCUCUUCCUAUGUCUCCUCCUUCAACGCCUUCGUCGCCGUCUAAAGAGAUGGAAGAGGACACGAAUUCCGUGCAUUCGGAUGGUGAAGGUUGUCAAAGCGAAACGAGUGAGAAUGUCGACUUGGAUGCAGUUCAGUCUCUCCUUGCUAUGAGUCAAUGGUCGCCUCAUAUUCCAGAAAGGAAUACUCCGAGUCCUGACUCUGGGCUGUCUUCUAUAAGCAGAAAUUCGUCGAGCGCUUCGUUAAGUAGCGCGACUUCCGUUGAGGACGAACCAGAAAAGCAUGAAAACAACAGAGUUCAAGAAACAGCCGAGUUUGGAAUUCCUCGUGGCAACUCUGGACUUUGCUCUCCCACUUCGGGAAAUGUUACACUAGGCGCGAUUUCUACUACAGCUGCACCUUCAGCAACAAUGUCUACUUUGCCUUUAAAAGUUUUCCCAAACAGCGUAAAUAUGAAUCAAGUUCUGCUCGCAAAUGGCGGACCGAAUCUACCAGCUGGUGCUGUAGUUGUACUUUGCCCUGUAGCCACCACAAACGGAACUACCACGGGAGUAAGCAACAUUUCACAGUUACAGCAGAGAAAUUUUGUCGUCACUCAAGCAGGACUUCUUCCCCAAUUUCAAGGACAAAAUCAACAAGAAACCGAGAGUGGAAAGAAUCAGACCAGUCGUAGAAGAAAUCACGUUUGUUCGUUUGAAAACUGUGGCAAAACUUACUUUAAAAGUUCCCAUUUGAAAGCUCAUAUGAGGACGCACACAGGUGAGAAACCUUUUCCUUGCACUUGGGAAAACUGUGACAGACGCUUUGCAAGAUCUGAUGAACUUGCAAGACAUAGACGGACUCAUACUGGAGAAAAGCGUUUUGCUUGUCCCCUCUGUGGAAGGCGUUUUAUGAGGUCAGAUCAUUUGACGAAACAUGCAAGAAGACAUAUGACAGCCAAGAAAGUUCCGGGAUGGCAGUUGGAAAUGAAUAAACUGAACCAGGUUGCCACUAUGCAACAGCCAGCAUCUAAUGGCACACAACAGCCUCUGCAAAUAACAAGUAACUCUUUACCAAGUAUGGUAAUGCCAGUGUCAACUGUGAGUACAGCAACAUUACCCACUGGUACACAGUCAGUGCAUUCAUGAUUGCAUAACAGUUGAAGGUAGAGAGAGGAGGUGGCCUCUGACUGUGGGCUAUGUACCAUCCACAUAAGGAAACCACAAAGAUGGAUGCCAAGUCAAGUUUGGAUAGUGAAAUAAGUGAGGAGACUUCCUUUUAUCAAUAUAAUAAACAUUUGUACAAAAUUGAUGCAACUACGAUCAGUCUUUUUAAGAACAACCUGGUCACACCAAAGAUGACUUAAAUUUUGAACCAUGCAUAGGGAAAUUCGUCCUAAAUCUAAGUUAUGAUAGUUGUGUUAAUUUAGUCUGGUUAGCCUCCCAUGCAGGAUCAUGACAAUUAGGUAGUAUGUUUGUGAUGAUUUUGUUUUAUGUUUGUCGGAAAUCGAUUAAAAAGAAUGGAACUUGUCCAUUGACAUUAAGGGCCCUUAAAAGAUUUUUUUGGUUGGCAUGGCUGGUGCUGCUACAUAGAAGAGUUUAAUAUAUUUGCUGUAUAUAGGAAAACCAUUUUAUUUAGUUCUGCAGGUUGAGUUUUUGUGCAGGCUGUCCAUAUUGGCGUUAGUGAAGUAAAGAAAUAAAUGUAAAAUCAGCUAAUGAAGUAAUCAGUUUUAAAAAAGUUGAAGUUGCUCAAGGUUGUAUUUGAAAUGUAGGUUUUAAAUAUGUAACUGCCUUGAAAACUAUUAGGUAAGAUGUGUCCAUAAUUUCAUAUUAAGUAUUUAUUUUAGGUAAAGAAUAAAACCAACUGAUUUAACACAUUUACGACAAAAUUGGACUUACAUGUUGUGUACCCCUCAUUUUGAACUUUGCAGGAAUUUCAUACGUUUAAAUUAUUUCGGUCCCUUUCCAUUGAAGUAAAAUUGUACUUAACUACACAUAGGUACAUGUAAAAAAUAUGAAAAUUUAAGUUAUACUUUUUUUUUUAACACUCUUACGCCGAUACAAGUUGUAAAUAAACUGCCUUAUUGAAAGCAAGA